AUGCAUGGCUUAGGAGUCCAGUUUAUGGAAAUAGGCUCCAGCUACCACAGCAUCUGCAAAGAUUCCCACGCGUGUUUUUUCCACGCUCCAGAGAUGCUUUUCCACAGUCUGUCAGGGGGGGAGAUGCAUGGGGUCAUCGAUGAGAUGGACAGAAGAUCCAAAAGUGAAAGCUCCGCCAUCAGCUCUGCUAUAGACAGAGGGGAGACUGAAACGACGAUGCCCUCCAUCAGCAGUGACAGGGCUGCCUUGUGUGCCGGCUGUGGGGGGAAAAUCUCGGAUCGGUACUACCUCCUGGCAGUGGACAAGCAGUGGCACAUGCGCUGCCUGAAGUGCUGUGAAUGUAAAUUAAACUUAGAGUCUGAACUGACCUGCUUCAGCAAAGAUGGCAGCAUCUACUGCAAAGAGGACUAUUACAGGAGGUUUUCCGUCCAGAGAUGUGCAAGAUGCCACUUGGGAAUCUCAGCCUCUGAGAUGGUCAUGAGAGCAAGGGACUUGGUGUACCACCUCAACUGUUUCACCUGCAACACAUGCAACAAAAUGUUGACCACUGGAGACCAUUUUGGCAUGAAGGACAACUUGGUCUACUGCAGGCUUCACUUUGAGACUCUGAUCCAAGGAGAGUACCAGGUUCAUUUCAAUCACUCGGAUGUGACAUCAGGGAAGGGUUCAGGACUGGGGUCUGGGGCUACCUCUGUAGGGCUGCCUUAUUACAACGGUGUGGGGACUGUGCAGAAAGGGAGGCCAAGGAAGAGGAAGAGCCCAGGGCCCGGCGCAGACCUGGCAGCCUACAACGCAGCUUUAAGCUGCAAUGAAAAUGAUGGAGACCACAUGGACAGAGACCAACAGUACACGCCCAACCAGAAAACCAAACGCAUGAGGACCUCUUUCAAACACCAUCAGCUCCGGACAAUGAAAUCCUACUUUGCUAUUAACCAUAAUCCAGACGCCAAGGACUUAAAGCAACUAGCUCAGAAGACCGGUUUAACCAAAAGAGUCUUACAGGUAUGGUUUCAAAAUGCACGAGCCAAAUUUAGACGGAAUCUUCUGAGACAAGAAAAUAAUGGAGUAGACAAAACAUCAGAUUCCACCCUUCAAGCUGGGACUCCGUCAGGACCAGCCUCUGAAAUUUCCAAUGCCUCUAUGAGCCCCUCCACUACACCAACUACAUUAACAGACUUGACUAACCCUACAAUGCCAACUGUGACAUCCGUACUGACUUCGGUACCUGGUAGCUUGGAUGUGCAUGAGUCUCGAAGUCCUCCACAAACAACACUCACAAAUCUCUUCUGA